AGCGAAUUCAAAUGACUGUCCUUUAAAAUAAUAAAGUAUUGAAUCGAUUCUGACCGUUUUCAAGCAGUCCCAUUUACAGCCAUCACACAGCUGUGAAAUGAAAAUAGACGAGAACCGGGACCAAGACCAUUCAGCACUGUCCAGUCCAGUAAGCAUCCUUACACCAGGAGGAAAAGAAGACAAUGGAUCUAACUGGGCAACAAAUGGCUUCUCUAUCCCAGAGAGUAGUCAGGAAGAACCAGCUGCAGCAGCCGAUCCUGGUACCAUUGGACCUGAAAGCUCCAGGAAAUCUCAGGUCCUGCUCCAUAUCAACCGUCAGGAGAUCCGAGCAGUGGCCCAAAACGACCAGGCAGCUGAACUCCAAGGUCUGGGAGUGGACGUCUACGAUCAGGAUGUGUUGGAGCAGGGAGUUCUUCAACAGGUGGACCGGGCCAUCCAGGAGGCCAACCAGGCUACGGCAAAGGCUGAUGCAGAGAAAGAAUACCAGUCUGUGCUGGAUGAUGUCAGGUCAUGCACAAGCGCUCUAAAACAUAUCAACAAGAUAUUAGAGCAACUCACUCCUCAUGCUGCCUCCAGCAAGGACAUCAGCCGGAAAAUCGACUCUGUCAAAAGGCAAAAGGAAAACAAGGAGAAGCAGUUAAAAAAGAUCCGAGCGAAGCAGAGGCGCUUACAGGCCAUACUUGAUGGAGAAGAUAUCGAGAAACUAGAGGCAGAGUUAUUGACUGAGGAUGACACAGAGGCAGGCCCGUCCACGCAGGGCAGCAUGCUCAUGCCUGCUCAAGAAACGGAGUGGGAAGAGCUCAUCCGCACAGGCCACAUGACACCUUUUGGUACACGCAUCCCUCAGAAGCAGGAGAAAAAGGAGCCACGCAAGGUGAUGCUCAGUGAGAACUCUGACUUUGACAAGUACCUUGCUGACCAGGCCAUGAUGGCAGACAGGAGGAAGAAGCCAAUCAUAAAGAAAAAGGAAAAGGUAUCGAAGACUUCAGCAGUAAAGACCUCGAAGCACAGUACACCCUCUAAGCAGGAGAAAAAACUUCAGAAACGUAUGCGAAAACUUCAGAGGACUGCUCUAAAGGCUCACCCUAAAGCCAGGCCUAAAGUGGAGAAAGAGUUUCCACGGACCAAGAAAAAGGGACAUGGGGAUGAGGGUUCAGACAGCGAUGGCUCAGAGUACGUGCCUAGUGAUGAACUUAUGGACCCUGAGGAACCAGAGCGAGAUGAUGAGUUCUGGAUGGAUGAAGAUAAAGAGUAUGAACUAAAGCCUUAUAAGAAAAAACAAAUGAGCAAAACCAAGAAGUCAAAAAAGGAGGAUGAGGAUGAUGAAUACCUGCCUGGAAGUUCAGAUGAUGAGGAAACCGAAGGGAAAAAAAUUAAGAAAUAUAAGGACGAUGGUGAUAUUGAAUACUACAGGAAAAGAAUCAGGAAUUGGAAGAGGCAGAGACUUCAAGAGAAAGAGCAGAAGAGACAAGCAGGGGAGGACGAGUCGGAAGACAGUGACGCCGAGUUUGAUGAAGGAUUUAAGAUGCCAGGCUUUCUCUGGAAGAAACUUUUCAAGUAUCAGCAGACAGGUGUCAGGUGGAUGUGGGAACUGCACUGCCAGCAGGCAGGAGGCAUUCUGGGAGAUGAGAUGGGCCUUGGCAAGACCAUCCAAGUAAUAGCCUUUCUGGCAGGCUUGAGCUACAGCAAGCUGAAGACGCGCGGCUCCAAUUACAGGUAUGCUGGCUUGGGACCCACAGUCAUUGUCUGCCCAGCCACAGUCAUGCAUCAAUGGGUAAAGGAGUUCCAUACCUGGUGGCCGCCGUUUCGUGUUGCUGUUCUCCAUGAUACUGGUUCUUUUACAAACAAAAAGGAGAGACUUAUCCCGGAGAUUGUUGAUUGCCAUGGUAUCCUCAUCACAUCAUAUUCAUAUGUGCGCAUCAUGCAGGAUUACAUUCAGAAAUAUGACUGGCAUUACGUCAUCCUAGAUGAGGGCCACAAGAUCAGGAACCCCAAUGCUGGUGUCACUGUUGCAUGCAAGCAGUUUCGGACCCCUCAUCGUUUCAUCCUCUCCGGCUCACCCAUGCAGAAUAACCUGAAAGAGCUGUGGUCCCUUUUUGACUUUGUCUUCCCUGGUAAAUUGGGCACUCUUCCUGUCUUUAUGGAACAGUUCUCAGUACCCAUAACCAUGGGAGGGUAUUCCAAUGCCUCUCCAGUGCAGGUCCAGACAUCGUAUAAGUGUGCCUGUGUUUUGCGUGAUACCAUCAAUCCAUACCUGCUAAGGAGAAUGAAGGCUGAUGUAAAGGCCAAUCUCUCAUUGCCUGACAAAAGCGAGCAGGUGCUGUUUUGUAGAUUAACUGAAGAGCAGCGCCAAGUCUAUCAGAACUUUCUGGAUUCCAAAGAAGUCUAUCAGAUUUUGAAUGGAGAUAUGCAGGUCUUCUCUGGCUUAAUAGCCUUAAGAAAGAUCUGUAACCAUCCAGACCUAUUCAGUGGUGGGCCACGUUUGCUAAAGGGCUUAUCUGAAGAGGAUCUUACAGAGGAGGAGCAUUUUGGCUACUGGAAACGUUCGGGCAAGCUUAUAGUGGUGGAGUCUCUACUAAGGUUGUGGUUCAAACAGGGACACAGAGUCUUGCUCUUCACUCAAUCCAGACAGAUGCUGGAGAUCCUUGAGGUGUUUGUAAGGGAAAAUGGAUACUCCUAUUUUAAAAUGGAUGGCACCACCGCUAUUGCUUCCAGACAGCCACUCAUAGCCAAGUACAAUGAGAACAAGGAUAUAUUCAUUUUUCUUCUGACGACAAAAGUGGGAGGACUAGGUAUCAAUCUGACAGGCGCGAACAGAGUGAUCAUUUACGAUCCAGACUGGAACCCUAGCACAGACACACAGGCACGUGAACGGGCUUGGAGAAUAGGACAGAAACAGCAAGUCACUGUUUACAGGCUGCUUACCGCCGGGACCAUUGAAGAAAAGAUUUACCACAGACAAAUCUUCAAGCAGUUUCUCACCAAUCGAGUACUCAAAGAUCCAAAGCAGCGGCGGUUUUUCAAGUCCAACGACAUUUACGAGCUUUUUACACUUAGCAGUCCUGAUGGCUCUCAGGGAACCGAGACCAGUGCAAUAUUUGCAGGCACUGGUUCAGAUGUACAGAUUCCAAAGAGACCCACAAUGCCACGUCCUUCUCAGUCAAACCAUUCUCCAAAACCGAUAAUCUCAAAGCCAGACAAAUCCUUAUCAACUUCACUGUGUGAUGGAAAAAAGAAGAUGUCAAAUGGCCUGCCCAACAAUAUCUUCAACACGAAAAAUGACUUAAAUUCCACAUCACCCCCGGCUGAUGGUUUAUUAACAAACGGUCACCAGCAGGAACUUUUUAAUGCUGGCACUCCUCAGAAACACAGAGAGAAAAAGAAGCAUUGUGACACAACAGACACAGCAAGUUCUCCCUCAAAAGAGCAUAAACACAAGCAUAAAAAACACAAGCAUAGCAAAGACGCUCGGUUUGAGGGCCAUCGUGUGUCCCACCUAGUAAAAAAGAGGCCAUUUAAGAAAGAGGAGAGUGAGGAUCAGGAGCACAGCAAGGGAGAGCGGCAAAGUGAUGACUAUGUACUUGCCAAACUCUUCAAGAAGUCUGGGAUUCACAGUGUGAUGAAACAUGACACCAUCAUGGAGGCAUCAAACCCAGACUAUGUCCUGGUGGAGGCUGAGGCCAACCGGGUAGCUAAAGAUGCACUUAAAGCUUUGAAAGUGUCCAGACAACGAUGCAGAUUGCCUUUCGCCAGAGGAUCCACAGCAGCCGCACCAGCCCCAGCCAGAAAACGUUUUGGACAGAAGAAAAACCCAAUACUCAACCAAUCAUCAGGCCCAAAACAAAAACCAGCAGAGAAGUGCAAGGAUGCUAAGUUCAUCAAACGAUCAGGCAAAGUAAAACCCGGAUCAGCUGCUCACUUCAGUGGAGAAGGAGUGGAGGAAGAAUCGCUUUCGACCUCCCUUUCCUCGUCCUCGCUGCUGGCCAGAAUGAGGAUGAGAAAUCAUGUUAGCCUACCUCAAGGGCAAGAUGAAGAACAGGACGAAGCUGAGCAAGAAGGACAGCCCUCAGCUCCGCUUGCUCCACACACUGAACACGAUGAGCUGCUUGUGGAUUUAAGGAACUUUGUGGCUUUUCAGGCUCACGUGGAUGGCCAGGCCAGCACUCAUGAGAUCCUGGAGUAUUUCUCCAGCAGACUGACCUCAGCGCAGACUCCUGUUUUUAGAGAACUGCUCAGGAACAUCUGCAACUUUCACAGACUCCCUGGCCAAGAGGGCAUCUGGAAACUUAAACCUGAGUACAGAUGAAGUGGGAUUUGGAUAUUUGUGGAAUAGUAAUUUAUAGUAUGUGUUGGUGUAGCAUGUUGAUAAAAUAGUUAGAAUAUAAUGCAGUUUAUCAGACCUCACUCCACUGAUAGUGACACAAUGUUUUAAUAUGUACUGUACUGCUUCAGGACUUUAAAACGUUUUAUGUUUAUCCUGGAAUUCACUUGAUCAUAAGCUCUGCAUUGCGAAAUAAGGGAACAUUUCAGUUCAGGGAGACAAUAAGGUACAACUGGGUGCUCAGGUGCCGCAGCAAGCCAGGGGUUUACAAAGACAUGAUUGGCUAUUUUUGGUUGGUAAUGGGGUGGUUUAGGUUGAAACCCUGCAAUGGACUGGCACCUUGUUUUCUGGGGGAAUCGGACCCAUCCAACUCCAACCAGGAUAAUGGGGUUGAUAAGAGCGGAAAAUGAAAUAAGAUACAACUGGGAUUUAACCCCUGCAAAAAAUCAUGGAAUCACAACACUAGGAAACUCCUUUACUUUGUAUCAAGUAAGUGAAUAAAAUAAUUGUAAUUUAUGGCAUAUCCAGAUCUUUUUUUCAGAUCAAAAAAUAUGGAACCACUAAUUAUUGAGCAGGGUGGCACGAUGGCUCGGUGUGUAGCACUUUUGCCUCACAGCAAGAAGGUCCUGAGUUUGAUCCCCAGGCGGGGUGGACCGGGUCCAUUCUGUGCAGAGUUUGCAUGUUCUCCCCGUCUCCCGAGUGGGUUUCCUCCCACACUCCAAAAACAUGCUGUCAAGUUAAUUGAAGACACUUAAUUGCCCUAUAGGUGAAUAGGUGUGUGUGUGUGUGUGUCUGCCCUGCGAUGGACUGGCACCCAGUCCAGGGUGUUACUGUUUGCCUUGCACCCAUUGAAAAGCUAGGAUAGGCUCCAGCACCCAAACCACCCCCCAAGACCCCAAUUGGAUAAGCGGUUAAGAAAGUAAUUGUUAUGCAACAGUUUAUGGAAUUGUCAAUAAAAAGUCUUAAUUAAUACUGUAAAAUGUGAAAUGAAGUAUGCUACAUCAAGCUGGUUCCAUUCUUUUUACCAGGGGUUAUUGUAUUGGUGAUUCAUUUUUACUGCACUUUUUGGACAUGACUUCUUCAUUCACUUUAGUUCACAGUGAGCACUGGCUACGUUUUGCACAACUUUUACCGGUUGUUUUAAUCAUAAAUACAUUUUCAUGCUAUUUAAACAUGGUAUGUGGGAUCUAAAUCACCUUUUGUGUCUGAAUAACUAAAUGCCUCUUAGCAGGGGCACUAGCGUUAGAAGAUUUAAGCCUUGUCGAAUUUAUAGUCAUCCGUGGCUGGACGUCCAGAAGAGAAAAAUUAAGCUCUGUUAUCAAAGUAUGAUAACAGUGGUAGCCUAGUGGGUAGAGAUUUGGGCUGUCCAUUGAAAGGUUGAGAGUUCAAAUUCCAGCUCUGCCAUGCUGCCACUGUUUGGCCCUUGAGCAAGGCCAUUAACCUUCUGUGCUCCGGGGGCAGUGUACAAUGGCUGCUUCCAAAUAAGCUGGGAUAUGCGAAGAAAGAAUUCCGUUGUACUGUACACCUGUAUGUGUAUAUAUGACAAAUAAACGCGUUCUAGGAUAGAUGCCAUUUUUGUCUCUGCUGUCAAUCAGAACAACACUAUUUAAUAUCAAGCAUUUGUGAAGUCUUGUACAUAAGGGAGUAGUUAGCACCCUCUUCCAUGGGCUGUUCAGCCCAGUGAAGCUGCAUAGGAGCUGUUGACAGGCUUAUGUGUCUCACAGGAAGUACAUGAAACCCCUUACUUACCAAAUGUAAGGACAAUUAAAAAAAAAUAAUUAAGGACAGCCUUGUUCUUAUCAAUAAAAAUGAAUGCACUCUG